ACCAUAAUACAAUCUCUUUUGAUAUGGAUAAACAGCCUUGCUUUUUAUUUGUUGCCUGCAAAGGACACGCUUGCUCAAUACCGCCCUCUGCUGCAAUUUCUGGAAUUGUAAAAUACAAGCAGGAGUUAGAAACUGGUCGUCCAACAAAUAAAAUUGAGUCAUGUACUUCCGUGAAUUUGCACACGUGUUACGGUUGGUCCUAGGAUAAACAACUAUCAGUUACACUGUCAAAAUAUUUGUUCUGUUACCUAUUUUAAAAUAACGUAUGUUAUCAGUCUCGACAAGCAAGAUGUCUCAUACAUGCUGCUAUUGUUGCGAACAUCUCAACAAACUUAACGAGCAAGUGUCUGUCAUGCGAAAAGAAAUCAAGAAUCUUCGGCAGGGUUUGGACGCCGCCGUCCGAGCCCAUCGGAAACACAUGGUAUCUCUCCGGUCUGCCCUGGCAGAUGUUGGCCAGGUCGGUUUUCAGACCAGAGAGCCAACAUCACGUAAAGUGGAGCCGACACACCUUGCGUUAGAACGAGGGACCAUCCAGACGGUCCCUAUCGGUUACAUCAGCUCCUGUUUCUCCCUGAAGAGCGGUACACCCAGGCAGCCCAGUGUCUGCGUAGCGUCCAGGGCCACGCUUCAGGUCCAGCAGAGCCUCUUCUCCAACCCCGAGCACUCCCUGGUCGGCCUGGAGCAAUUCUCCCAUGUGUGGGUCAUCUUCCUGUUCCACAAGAACGGCCAGCUGAGCUGCAAGGCUAAAGUGAAACCUCCGCGUUUGAACGGCCAGAGGGUAGGGGUGUACUCUACCCGGAGCCCCCACCGCCCCAACGCCUUGGGCCUCUCCCUGGCCCGGCUGGACAGGGUCUCUGGUGAUACUCUCCACCUGUCUGAGAUCGACAUGAUCGAUGGGACUCCAGUUCUGGACAUCAAACCCUACAUCCCAGACUAUGACUCCCCACACAGCAGAACCUACCCGGACUAUGACUCCCCACACAGCAGAACCUACCCGGACUUACAGGAGAGCUGUGGACUCUACCCAGACGAGGGGCCGGGUGUGUCGUCGGAUCAGGCAACCGGUGCAGUCACCGUAACUACAGAAACAGGAAGUGUUACUUCUUCUAUGGUGGCUGGGUCAGGAUGUCCUUCAUCUGUGGUUUGUGAGUUGGACUCUGAUAGGAGAGGAAGUGGACCGAACCCUAGAAAACUCCUCUCAAAAGACGGAUCUAAGGUUCAUACUUUAAGUGGAAAUGAUCCGUCUAACUUCUCUGCUGCAAGCUCAGAACAGGCUCUCUCUGCCUCCCAUCCCAGCAUCCUCAGUGCUGUCCUGGAGGACCUUAAAGCUUAUGUCAGCCAGGGAGAUGCUGCCCUCUCCCUAGGGAGCUCUGUAGGAAAGUGCCAGGCUUCAGACAGGCCUACGGCCAAGCCAGUAGAUGCUGUGGAGGAUGGUGGUGUGCCCUGCUAUGGGGAGGAGGCCUACAGCACCAUCGCAGGCUGGAUCAGAGAGCCUCCCAUGGCCAGCCUGGAGGUUCGCUUCACCGCACACACGGAAAAGGACCUGUCACACUUUCUGCCUCCAGAAAUAGCAGGUCUAAACACAGAACCUCAGAGAUGCGGGCGUCCCAGGUUCCGGUUCCUGCGUGGUCCAGAGGAAGCCAGGGACGCCAUCAGGGGAAUUUUAUCUGCUGACCCCCGGUCGGUGUACCGGAGGUCUCGCUGUGAAGACCGUCUGUUCUUCUUCACCCUCGACACGGCCCACGUCACCUGCUGGUUCGGACCGGGCUUUGCUGAGGUGCUCAGGGUCCGGCCCGUAGGACCGUUACACAGAACCGGACCUGAGUGACGAGUUCUGGACCCAGUUGAGAAGUUCAGGAUUGUGGAAACUUUUUGGGUUUGUUUUUGUUGCAGAGUGAAAUUCUGUUAUGUUCUAACAUUCUCUUGAAACUCACUUGCGUAUUCUCUUGAACUAAAUAAAUGCUGAAAUUGAUGCUGAAAUUUCCCUCAAAUAUU